UUCUUCUCUAUCUACAAUCAUGUGGAUCACACGGUUGCACACGAGGCGGCUGUGCUUAACAAUGAGAUAAAAAAAAAGGAAAUGCAUCUUGCAAAGCAAAGCUUUCGUGAAAGGUCCUGUUGUUCUUUUUUUCGAGCUUUGUCUUCUUUCUUUUCUCACCCACUCGGUAACAAUCAUCAAAGUAAAAGAAUACUUACUAUUAUACUGUGAUUCAACUGUGGCAACAAUGAAGAAGUUUUUCUCGAGAAGGCGACAAAAGAACAAAAAUAUCGAGAAAGAAAAUUUGAUUACGUACCGCGAACAUAGCCUCAGUGAACUAUCGUCAAACAACACGCUAUCAAGUGAAAAUAGGGUACUGUCAGCCGACGAGCUGCCAAUUAAAAUAUGGCAACAAGUUUUUGAACACCUUACAGCCGAAGAAGACUUGAUCGAAUGUAUCAAAGUCUCAGAACAAUGGUACACAUGUAUACGAGAUAUGCUGCUACCAGACACCUUUGCCCAGCAAGUCAUCCAUCCGUUAUCUCAUCAGAGUCUUAGACACGCUAGGCUGAACCACGAUAAUCUACGACUCUGCUUAACGUUUAUCAACAGCAGCGAAGAACCAUUUCAACAUUUGGAGGAGCUAGAAAUUGAUGGUCUGACCUUUGAUCUUUUUCGGUAUCGACUCGAUAAUAUCCUCCGGCAAAGUGCCAACAGCUUAAAGCGCAUCGUCCUUGUCAAUCCUUUCGACAUGUCAUUGAAAAUGUUGACGAUAAUAACUACCAGAAUUCUGCAACACUGCCGGCAGCUUUUGGAGUUUGCGGUGAUCUCUGUCGACGAGAAAGAAUUACGGAAAAGACAAUGGCCGCUGACUCCAAAUAUCAACAUCGUACGUCAAUAUCCACAUGAACCUCGAUACUUGGACCCAACUGCUGUCUACAUGCAUCUCGCCUCUUUACGAUUAUACCAUAUCGUUGAUAACACCGCCGCGGAUCAUGUUAUGGAUUUACUUCAGAAGAGCCACAACCUCACCCAUGUAAUACUGAACCCACUUACUACCACGUUAGGCCACGCUGAUAUUCUCAAAUAUUGUGUCAGAUACCUUAAAUACCUCCACGUAUUGAUCAUGGCAGACGGAGGCAGAGCAGAUACGGUCCUCGGUAGUAGCAACCAUUGUGGUAAUCCACCAGGAACGACGAACGGAAUAACAACAACCACCGCGCCAUCGCCAACGUCUUCGUCAGAGUUGCAAUCGUAUCAUUUGCAUCGACGAACUCUUUAUAGUAUGCACAUGCGGCCACAACACUUGAUCCUUAUUGAAGAAGGGCGCCGAGCUACCGGUAAUCCACAUUGGACCCCCGAUGGCAUUGGCGUGACCCAUUUACAAAGCUCAUUCCGAAAGAUUUUCCUUGAAAGUCUUUACCCAGCCAAGAAUGUUGUCUGGCCACAAUUUUUUGACUAUAACACUCGCUUUACAAGUUUUUAUGACUUGCGCUACUUUGCUAUGCAUUUGGGCAGAGGAACGACGAGCAAAUCAUCAUACGAUAUCGAUCGGAUUAUUUACCUUAUCGUUUCUUCUUCCACGAUGCUGGAGAGCUUCACCUAUCGACGUGAUCAUUUCACCCUGCGAGAAGAACCUUCCUGUCAUCCUCGUUCUCCUCCUCAAAAUGCUGUCGCUCGUAAAGUAGAAACAGAGAGCAAAAAGCGAAAACAGACACAAGAAAUCGAGUUUCAAGGAAAAGAAAAAAAGCCAGAAUAUAAAAAUGAUGACGAUGAAGAGGAAUCGCGUCGACAUAACGUAUCGGACCGUCUCUUGGAAGUAUUAAUGCAAACGUGCCUUCGGCUGACUACAUUUCGUGUUGCAGGAUCUUAUCAUUUUAGCGACAAAAGACUGCAAGAAUUUAUCUGGUUUUAUGGGGAUCAAUUAACAAAGCUGGAGCUUGAUUGUUCGAUUAGUAUCGAGUGUCUAUCGUUUAUCAUCGAGAAUGCGACUAGUCUCGAAACUUUUUGCCUCCGUCAUCGAUGUGCAUUCAUGGAUCUGGAUAGUUGUUUAACCAUGGGUCAAGGAAGGGCUUCGAAAAUGCUUGCUACUUGGGGUCGCAUAAACGUUCAAGUUGGAAGAAUAACACCGCUAGAGAGCUCAUGGUACGAUAUCUCUUGAAUGCAAUGUAUUUGCUGUCAUAUACCUAGCCAUACUAUUACAUAUCAUUAUUAUUGUAACUGUUACAGUAGUAAUUUGUAAAGAAGACUUAGUUAAUCUAUGAAGAAUAAGAUUUUAAUAAGCAUUAAAUGAUUUUAUAUGAUACGUUUGCCAAAAAUAAAAAAGAAGGGCC